UUGUCUGCGCGCCGCCGUCGUGGCCGCGUCUCUCUGCGCGCCGAUGAGUGCCGGUGUCUGCCGUUGACAGCUCGUUAGAACAGACCGCGAUCUGCCGUCCGUGAUCACUCCAACAUCCACCAUGACGUCGGGCCGGUCGGCCGCGCGCCGGCUGCGGCUGCCGCUGCUGCUGCUGCUCGCCCUGAGUCUUUGGACAGCGCCCGGUACAGGCCAGGAACACCGGCCGACACGGGUGGAAAAACAACGCUACGACGGCUGGUACAACAACAUGGCGCACCCCAACUGGGGCUCCACCGAGCAGCGACUAACGAGGAAGACCCCGCCCUCGUACUCGGAUGGAGUCUACAUGAUGGCCGGGGAGGAUAGACCCAGUCCUCGUAAGCUCAGCCGUAUCCUAAUGCGAGGAAAGGACGGAAUGCCAUCAACAAAGAACAGGACUGCGCUGCUCGUCUUUUUCGGUCAGGUGGUGUCCUCCGAGAUCCUUAUGGCCUCCGAGAUGGGCUGUCCGAUCGAGAUGCACAAGAUCCGGGUGGAGCAGUGCGACGAGAUGUACGACGCCGAUUGUAGCGGGGAGAAGUACAUGCCGUUCUAUCGUGCCGGAUACGACUCCAAGACGGGACAGAGCCCCAACAUGCCCCGCGAACAGAUCAACUCGAAGACGAGCUGGAUCGACGGCAGCUUCAUCUACAGCACCAGCGAGGCGUGGCUGAACACGAUGCGCUCCUUCGAGAACGGCACGUUCAGGACCGACGAGAACGGCAUGCCGCCCAAGAACCACGAGCGCGUGCCCAUCAUGAACAAGCCCAGCCCGCAUCUCUUCAAGACGCUCUCCCCGGAGCGGAUGUACUUGCUGGGAGAUGAGCGGACCAAUCAGAACCCUGCGCUGCUGUCUCUGGGGAUCUUAUUCUUCCGCUGGCACAACAAGGUGGCUCUGCGCGCUCAGGAGGAGCACCCAGACUGGAGCGACGAGGAGGUGUUCCAGCGGGCUCGCCGCAUCGUGGUCGCCACGCUUCAGAACAUCAUCAUGUACGAGUACCUCCCGGCCUUCCUCGGAGACACGGUGGAGCCCUACAAGGGGUACCGGGCCGACGUCCAUCCGGGCAUCAGCCACGUCUUCCAGUCGGCAGCGUUCAGGUUCGGCCACUCGAUGAUCCCUCCGGGCCUGUACCGUCGGGACAACAAGUGCAACUACAAGCGGACCAUCAGCGGGGACCUGGCGCUGCGGCUCUGCUCCACGUGGUGGGACUCGAACGACGUACUGGAGACCAGCACCAUCGAGGAGCUGCUCAUGGGCAUGUCCUCCCAGAUAGCCGAGCGAGAGGACGCCGUGCUCUGUUCAGACGUCCGUGACAAGCUCUUCGGUCCGAUGGAGUUCUCCCGACGAGACCUGGGCGCCCUGAACAUCAUGAGAGGUCGCGACAACGGCCUGCCCGACUACAACACCGUCAGAAAGUGCUUCCAGCUGCCGAUCAUCACCAACCUCACGGAGGCGAACCCGGAGCUGGCGGCCGAGCGGCCCGAGCUCUUCAAGGAGCUGAUGGAAGCCUACGGGGACCAGGUGAUGAACAUCGACCUCUACGUGGGCGGCAUGCUGGAGAGCCGCGACGGACCGGGAGAGCUGUUCAGGGCCAUCAUCAAGGAGCAGUUCCAGCGACUGAGAGACGCCGACAGAUUCUGGUUCGAGAACACAGAGAACGGCAUCUUCACAGAGACCGAAGUGGCAGCGAUCAAGCGAGUUCAUCUGUACGACAUCAUCCUCUCGACGACCAGCAUCAAGCGCGGAGACCUGCAGGAGAACGUCUUCUUCCACAUGGCGGACGACCCGUGUCCGCAGCCGAAGCAGCUCAAUGCCAGCCAGAUGGAGCCCUGCCGCCUGCUCAGUGGUCACGAUUAUUUCCAGGGGAACGAGGUGACCUACAUCUACGCGUGCAUCUUCCUGGCCGCCGUGCCGCUGCUCACCAUGGGAGCCGCCUACGGCGUGGUAAAGCUGCAGAACCGCAAACGGCGCCGCUACAGGAUGAAACAGGAGGAAAACAACAACGGCAGGUCCACAGACAAGAUGUUCGUGACAGAGUGGCUGCACCAAAACCACCGACGAAACGUCAAGAUCAAGUUCGGCCCGGACGUGGCCUUCCACACCGUGAACCGCAAGGGCGUCAAACUGCGCACGGCGCGCUUCAACAGCGUCGAGACGGUGGUGGUUGAGGUGACCGAGGAUCGCAGGAGCAAGCCCAUGUGUCUGGUCCGUGUGCCCAACGAUCACGACGUGGUGCUCGACUUCGACUCGGUGAACUCGAGGAAGAGGUUCCUGGCGAAGCUGGAGCACUUCCUGGCCGGUCAUCACAAGACGAUGGAGACUGUGUCCACCUACAAGGAGCAGAUGCUACAGAACGCUGACACGAAAGAGCGCAGACAGAAGCGACUCGAACACUUCUUCCGUGAGGCGUAUUCGCUCUCGUUUGGUCACAAGCCUGGCGAGAAGAAGGUUGAGGUUUCUAACGACAUCAUCAUGGUGAUGCGCACCUCGCUGACAAAGCGAGAGUUCGCCAGCGCGCUGGGCAUGAAAGCAGACUCUGUGUUCGUGCAGAAGAUGUUCAACGUCGUGGACAAGGACGGAGACGGUCAGAUCAGCUUCCAAGAGUUCCUGGAAACAGUGGAGCUCUUCUCGCGGGGAACCAUCGACAACAAGCUGCGCAUCAUCUUCGACAUGUGUGACAACGAUCGUAACGGCACCAUCGACAAAGACGAGCUGUCCGAGAUGUUGCGGUCGCUAGUGGAGAUCGCCAAGACCAACAGUCUGACGGACGAACAGGUGGAUGACCUCAUCGACGGCAUGUUCCGGUCCGCCGGUCUCGAGGAGAAGGACGUCAUGACUUACGAGGACUUCAAGCUGCUCAUGAAGGAGUUCAAGGGCGAUCUGGUGGCGAUCGGACUGGACUGUAAGGGCGCCAAACAGAACUUCCUCGACACGUCAACCAAUAUCGCCCGAAUGCCGAGCGUGCUGAUGGAACAGGCCAACGAGCGGCGGGAGCACUGGUUCUGGAAGAGGUGGGACGCCUGGGUCACCUUCCUCGAGGAGAACCGGCAGAACAUCUUCUACCUCUUCCUCUUCUACGUCAUCACCGUCGGACUGUUCGUCGAGAGAUUCGCAUUCUACUCGUUCCAGGCGGAGCACACCGAUCUGCGGCACGUGAUGGGUGUGGGUAUCGCCAUCACUCGCGGCUCGGCGGCCUCCCUCUCCUUCUGCUACUCGCUGCUGCUGCUGACCAUGUCCCGUAACAUCCUCACCAUGAUGAAGAACUACUCGAUCCAGCAGUACCUGCCCAUCGACUCCCACAUCCAGUUCCACAAGAUCGUGGCGUGCACGUCGCUGUUCUUCACGGUGCUGCACUCUAUCGGCCAUCUGGUGAACUUCUAUCAUGUGUCGACCCAGAGUCUGGACAAUCUGCGCUGUCUGCUCACUGAAAUGACGUUCCAGAGUGAUGCCAGGCCAGGCAUCGGCUACUGGCUCUUCUGCACACUCACCGGUACAACUGGCAUCAUCCUAUACUGCAUCGUGAUGAUAAUUUACAUCUUUGCGCAUCCUUUGGUGCGCAAGCGGGCGUACAAGUACUUCUGGUACUCACAUUCGCUCUAUUACCUGCUCUACAUCUUCUCCCUGAUCCACGGACUGGCUCGGCUCACGGGCGCACCCAGAUUCUGGAUGUUCUUCGUGGGACCGGCCGUUGUCUACACGUUCGACAAGAUCAUCAGUCUGCGCACCAAAUACAUGGAGCUGGACAUUAUUGAGACGGAGCUGCUGCCGGGCGAUGUGCUCAAAGUCAAGUUCUACCGGCCGCCCAACUUCCAAUACCACUCGGGCGAGUGGGUUCGUGUGAGAUGCACGGCAGUGAGUCACGAAUACCACAGCUUCACACUCACCUCGGCACCCCACGAGAACUUCCUGUCGCUCCACAUCAAGGCGCAGGGACCCUGGACGUGGAAGCUGCGGAACUUCUUCGACCCCAUCAACUACAUACCGGAGGAGAAUGGACUGCCGCCGAGGAUCCGUCUGGAGGGUCCGUUCGGAGGCGGUAACCAGGACUGGUACAAGUUCGAGGUAGCCGUGAUGGUCGGCGGAGGCAUCGGCGUCACCCCGUACGCCUCCAUCCUCAACGACUUGGUGUUCGGCACGUCCACCAACCGCUACUCGGGAGUCUCCUGCAAAAAGGUAUACUUCCUCUGGAUCUGCCCGUCACACAAGAGUUUCGAGUGGUUCAUCGACGUCCUGCGAGACGUGGAGAAGAAGGACGUCACACAGGUCCUGGAGAUGCACAUCUUCAUCACGCAGUUCUUCCACAAGUUCGAUCUGAGAACGACCAUGUUGUACAUUUGCGAGAACCACUUCCAGCGUCUCUCGAACCGCUCCAUGUUUACUGGCCUGAAGGCCGUCAACCACUUCGGACGACCCGACAUGGCGUCCUUCUUCAAGUUCAUCCAGAAGAAGCACAACUACGUCUCCAAGAUCGGCGUGUUCAGCUGUGGCCCGCGUCCGCUGACCAAAUCGGUCAGCACGGCAUGUGAUGACGUCAACAAGGGCCGCAAGCAGCCCUACUUCAUCCACCACUUCGAGAACUUCGGCUAAACAACAACGCUAGAGCGAGGAAGAGCCCGACUCGGAGCUGAGGGCCCGUGUAGAGACUACCUGUCCCCUGGCGAGGCUAUCGCCCUCCGGGCCAGGCUGACACGAGUCGGGUCACUGCUGUAGGUUCAUGCGGUGGGUUGAAGGACUUAUAACCCUGGAGGUUGAAUAACUCUGCAGCAUGAUGCUGUCGCCGCCAAGAGACUCUCAUAUGACACAGCCAAGAGUCAUGCCAAGAUAUAAGUGUGUGUGUGUGCGUGAGUUUGCUUGCUUAGGUGAAAGGGUUGAAAAGUGCGAGCUUGUGCGCGUGAUUUAUAGAAGCAUUCGUGUUUGAGUGUGCGUAUGCUGAUGCACUUGCUACGCCUAUGGGUGCCGAGCAUCUCACGGGCUGGUGGUAGCGUAUAUUAGACCGGAUGAACUUGAGUGAGAAGCACGUGAGGACCCAUAUCGUGGCUCAAGGUCUGGCUCACCCUCUAGUGACCUGGACAGACUCCGAAUCCACGCAGUCGCGAAGGUGGUGUGACUGUGAUCUAGACUGGACACUAUGCCAGCACUACGCCUUGCACUACGCGAGAGUGACGUGAGCACUACGCCGGGAUUGAGCAUGUGAAUCGAUGUCAUCACCAUACAGACAAAAACAGAUUGUCACUCGGAGACAGGACAUAGUGAGACUACACCACAAGCUUCAGGACAACGAGCGAAGUGACCCUGUCGAAGCGUCCCUGGGUCGGAACGGUCGCGUUCUGAGAUCGUGUGCCGGACUGUUCAUGUGCAGAGGCCCACGGGCUGGUGCCUUUGCGGUGUUGUAGCGGGUAGGGGUGGGUUUAGUCAGGGGAUUGUGCUGUCGGCUCCGACUGUCGGGAGCGCGGAUCGGCAGAAUUUGCCGCGCAAGGUUACCUAUGUCCCUCAAUAGGAAUUAGGAUAAGAUUGGACUACCAUGGGAGUGGGACAUUUUCAAAUCGGAGGACUAUGCCGACAUGGAUAUUUUAAAAGCGGGCUGAUUGGCGCCGAUAUGUCAAACAAGUGUGUCUUUUUAACGUUACUUUUCUUAUCAUUUCAUAUUCUACGUUUUACUGUGGCCUAUUUUUUUAGCGCAGUCUGGAAAAACAACGACAACACUGUCGAUAGAAACGUUGUCCGUAAACUUCCUGCGCCGCCAGCGUGAUGUAUUCCGUUCGUAGAUAAGACACAUGUCUUUCGUAAUUAAAGUAUAUAAGUGAACCGUUUUGCGGCUCGAUAUUUUUGUAAUAUGCGAUUGUAUUGAUGACCGUAUGGUGCGGACGCUGCAGUUUCAUGUGCCUGAACGAGGAAAAGGUGUGAAAGCGUGCAUGACGCCUGUAUUAAUUUAUUUAUUUUCGGCGAGAAUGAAUAGUUGGUGUAACCUAUUGCAGCUGCGCACAUGCCUUCCGCCAGGUAUUGUAAGUGCCCAGCUCCGAAAUAUCCAGCAUGGGUAUUUGCCAUAACAUGGGAUGAUUCUGAGACGGAAAAUAAAAUUAGAAUCAUACAAA